CAAACGAGAUCAGUGACAGCAACACCGCGUUCACGGCGUGAUCGCAUACUGGACCAUGGAGUACUUUAGCUUGAAGAGGUCGACUGUUGCCGAUCGCGGCCAGGCCAACUUGUCAAGCAAGGUGUAUGUGCGGUCGACGAAGAGUGGCAAGGUCCAAAAAAUUGUGAGGGAACUAUAUCUGCGACAAGAUAUCCCAUGCUCGUCGAACUUAUGCAGAGCGUGUCUAGAGAUUGCGCCAACAGACUACUCGAAGAAAGUUGCACCAUUUGUACUUUCAGAUACACCUGCUGGAUCAAAGGACUUUCCCAGCGGGCAGUAUCUUGUUCCAGAUACCAAUGCUUUCUUGAAUGGAAUGGAUCUAUUCGAAGUUGAGACGGCCUUCCAUGAUGUCAUAGUUCUGCAGACUGUGCUUGAGGAAGUCAAGAACCGAUCAUUGCCGUUGUAUCACCGGCUCAUCGCACUGACCAAAAACGAUGGCAAGCGGUUUUAUGUCUUUUUCAAUGAGUUCAGACAAGAGACCCACAUCGCGCGUGACCAGGGAGAGUCUAUCAACGACCGCAAUGAUCGAGCCGUCAGAAGGGCUGUACAAUGGUACAACGAGCACAUCACCGAGGCAGUCGCCGCACGAAGCAAGAAGCAGAAGCGUAUACCCACCGUCGUCAUGAUCACCGAUGAUAGGGACAACCUGCGAAAGGCUAAGGCAGAAAAGGUACCUGGUAUGACACUCACCGAUUUUGUGUCUGGCCUUGAGAACGCAAAUGAACUGUUAGACAUGAUCAGCGCUGCACAGGAGCAACGAGAAGUCCGCUCGAAGAAGCCUGAAGUGUUCUAUCCGGACCACUUCUCGAUGUCAAAGAUGAUGACUGGUGUAAAAGCCGGUACCAUGCACCAAGGCAUAUUCAACGUUUCGCAGUACAACUACCUAGAAGGCUCAGUUCACGUGCCCUCGUUCGACAAAUCUCUCAUUAUUCUUGGUCGCGAGAACAGCAACCGGGCAGUUUCUGGUGAUGUCGUGGUAGUCGAAGUACUACCGCAGGACCAAUGGAAGGCACCUUCGACCAAGAUCGUCGAGGAAGACACCGUCGCUAAGAACGAUAAUGCCGAGCAAGAGGAGGGUGAGAACGUUGUGAACGAGAGGGAGAAGAGAGCGUUGCAAGAGGAGGUCAAGCGCGCGCAUGGGCAGAGCACUGAGGGCAAGGCACAGCCCACGGCACGCGUUGUGGGCAUCAUCAAGAGAAAUUGGCGGCAAUACGUGGGACACAUCGAUCGUGACUCGGUACGAUCGACAGCGAAAACGAGCAGGCAGCAGCAGACUGUCUUCCUCGUACCCAUGGACAAGCGUGUGCCAAAGAUCAGAAUACGAACCCGUCAAGCUGGAGAACUUCUCGGCCAACGUGUUCUGGCCACGAUCGAUUCCUGGGAGAAAGACUCGAGAUACCCUGUCGGUCACUUCGUACGCUCCUUGGGCGAGUUAGAGUCCAAAGGUGCUGAAACGGAGGCCUUGCUGUUGGAGUGGGACGUACAAUACAAGCCAUUCCCGAAGACGGUGCUGGAUUGUCUGCCCGCGGAGGGGCACGACUGGGUCGUACCAGCGAGCACAGAGGAUCCGGGUUGGAAGGGGCGGAGAGAUCUGCGCGACCUCAUUGUCUGCAGUAUUGACCCUCCGGGCUGUGUUGACAUCGACGAUGCACUGCACGCAAGGAAACUGCCCAAUGGCAACUAUGAGAUCGGUGUGCACAUCGCUGAUGUGUCGCACUUCGUCAAACCAAACAACGCCAUGGACAAGGAAGCAAGUCAGCGUGGUACAACCGUCUAUCUUGUUGACAAGCGUAUCGACAUGCUGCCAAUGCUUCUUGGAACAGACCUUUGCUCUUUGAAGCCAUACGUCGAGCGAUACGCCUUCUCUGUUAUUUGGGAAGUCAAUGAGAACGCCGACAUCAUAAAAUCAGAGUUCACAAAGUCCGUUAUCCGAUCAAGAGAGGCAUUUAGCUAUGAACAGGCACAGCUUCGCAUUGACGACGCGUCGCAACAAGACGAGCUUACAACUGGCAUGCGUACUUUGCUCAUGUUGUCUCAGAAGCUAAAGCAGAAGCGAAUGGAUGCUGGUGCCUUGAAUCUUGCUUCGCCCGAAGUCAAGGUUCGAUCAGAGUCUGAGACAUCAGACCCGGUUGACGUCCAGGUCAAAAAGUCAUUAGCCACGAACUCCCUUGUCGAGGAAUUCAUGUUGCUCGCCAACAUCAGUGUUGCGGCAAGGAACUACGAAGCCUUCCCACAGACCGCUUUGCUGCGUCGCCACGCUGCGCCACCCAAGUCCAACUUCGAGGAGCUAGCAAAUCAGUUGAAGGUCAAGAAGGGCCUGGAGCUGCGAAGUGACAGUUCUGGUGCAGUGGCGGACUCACUCGACCAGUGCGUAGACCCGAACAACCCAUUCUUCAACACCCUCGUCAGAAUUAUGGCUACACGAUGCAUGAUGUCUGCAGAAUACUUCUGCGCUGGUACACAAGCAUACCCAGAGUUCAGGCAUUAUGGUCUUGCAAGCGAGAUCUACACGCAUUUCACAUCACCCAUCCGUCGAUAUGCCGAUCUCGAGGCCCACCGACAGCUUGCCGCUGCGAUUGAGUACGAACAGCUCGACAACAGUCUGCACUCAAAGGCUAAAUUAGAAGCUGUUUGCAAAAACAUCAAUGUUCGCCACCGCAACGCACAGAUGGCUGGACGUGCCUCGAUCGAGUACUACGUCGGCCAAGCGCUCAAGGGCAAGGAUCUGGAAGAGGAGGGUUUCGUCAUGAAGAUCUUUUCGAACGGCUUCGUUGUCUUCGUGCCACGCUUUGGUAUUGAGAGCCUGAUACGCCUUAGGGACCUGGCUACGCCCGAGCCGGAUGCCGAAUUCGAUGCUGACAACUACCAAUUGAAUAUCAAGGGCGAUCUCAAUAGGAGUGUUGAGCUAUUCGAAAGAGUAAUGGUCAGGAUCACAGACGAGCUGGAGGAGAGCACCGGAAAGAGGAAGGUCAAGUUGACGCUCGUGUAAGAUAAUAGCAGGAGGCGUGUCGACCGUCAUCUGCGGGUGCGAUCAACACAAAAUCUAAAUUUGCAUGUUUGAUAAGCAACA